AUGGCUACCAAGAAGAAGAUUGCGAUUAUGACCUCGGGCGGUGACUCGCCUGGGAUGAACGGCGUCGUGCGUGCGUGCGUCCGCAUGGCCAUCCACAUGGGCUGCGAUGCCUACUGUGUCUACGAGGGUUACGAAGGCCUGGUCCAAGGCGGCGACCUCAUACGUAAAAUGGAGUGGCACGAUGUGCGCGGCUGGCUGUCCGAGGGUGGUACCCUGAUUGGCACGGCCCGAUGCAUGGCCUUCUACGAACGCCCCGGUCGCCUGGCCGCGGCCAAGAACAUGAUCCUCAACGGCAUUGAUGCGAUCAUCAUUUGCGGUGGAGAUGGCUCGCUCACGGGCGCUGACCGGUUCCGCGCCGAGUGGCCCUCGCUGCUGGACGAGCUGGUGUCGAAGGGCGAGUUCAAGCCCGAGCAGAUCGAGUCGUUCAAGCACCUCAACAUUGUUGGCCUGGUUGGGUCGAUCGACAACGAUCUGUCUGGAACAGAUGCGACAAUUGGCUGUUACUCAGCUCUGGCCCGGAUCUGCUAUGCCGUCGAUCUUAUUGAGGCCACCGCCUCGUCGCAUUCCCGCGCUUUCGUCAUCGAGGUCAUGGGCCGGCACUGCGGGUGGCUGGCUCUGAUGGCUGGUGUCGCGACCGGUGCCGAUUUCGUAUUCAUUCCCGAGAAGCCGAGCGAGCAUAACUGGAAAGAGGAAAUGUACCGCAUCGUCCAAGAGCACCGGAAACUCGGCAAGCGCAAGACAAUUGUCAUUAUCGCCGAGGGCGCGCUCGACAGACAAGGGAAGAAGAUCACACCAACAAUGGUCAAAGAUCUUCUUGCUGACAAAAACGGCCUCGGUCUUGAUACCCGAAUUACGACUCUGGGUCACGUCCAGCGAGGCGGGACGGCUGUUGCUUACGACAGGAUGCUCGCAACGCUGCAAGGUGUUGAAGCCGUCAAGGCCGUCCUCGAGGCCACACCUGAGACAAAAACGUGCUUCAUUGCUAUCACGGAAAAUAAAAUCAUCAGGAAGCCACUAAUGGAAGCCGUGCAAGACACGAAACAGGUUUCGAGUGCGAUAGAGCGGCAGGACUUUGACGAAGCCAUGGGCCUCCGCGACGCCGAGUUCUCAGAGCAAUACAAGUCCUUCAUGAUGACAACGGCAGUCCAAAUGGACGAGGAGAUUAUGCUUCCGGAGAAGGAGCGAAUGAAGAUCGGCUUCAUCAAUGUCGGCGCUCCAGCUGGCGGUAUGAACGCGGCUGUUCGCGCAGGUGUGGCUUACUGCCUAUCACGAGGACAUGAGCCAAUUGGAAUUCACAAUGGCUUUGCUGGAUUUGCGCGGCACCACGGAGACACCCCGUUGGGAGCCGUCCGGCCUUUCGACUGGCUCGAGGUUGAUGGCUGGGCUAGCAAAGGCGGCUCCGAGAUUGGAACCAACCGAGAGCUUCCCGGCGAGUCGGGCAUGGAGACCAUUGCCAACUUGAUUGAGGUAUACGGAUUCGACGCUCUCUUCCUCAUUGGCGGAUUCGAGGCAUUCCACGCCGUUUCGCAAUUGCGGAAGGCCAGGGAACAAUACCCGUCUUUGUGCAUUCCCAUGACCCUCUUGCCAGCCACAAUUUCCAACAAUGUCCCAGGUACCGAAUACUCCCUCGGCUCGGAUACGUGCUUAAACGAGCUGGUGGAUUACUGUGACAAGAUUAAGCAGUCUGCGUCUGCGACUCGAAGGCGUGUUUUUGUCAUUGAGACCCAAGGUGGCCGUUCGGGCUACGUAGCAACCCUCAGUGGGCUCGGUGUGGGAGCGUCAGCAGUUUAUACCCCUGAAGAAGGUCUCAGCCUCGACAUGCUUGCUGCAGAUGUUCGCCAUCUGAAAGAGGUUUUCACGCAUGACAAGGGCCAGAGCCGUGCUGGCCGCUUGAUUCUCAUCAAUGAGAAGACCUCCAAGGUUUACAACGCCAAACUGAUUGCCGAUAUCCUCCGCGAAGAGUCUCACGGUAGGUUCGAGAGCCGCGAAGGUAUCCCGGGACACAUGCAGCAGGGCGGCGUGCCCUCCCCGAUGGACCGUUGCCGCGCGGUGCGUCUUGCUAUCAGGUGUAUCCAGCAGCUUGAGCGUUAUGGCAAGAAUGUGCAUAAUAAGGUCAAGGCCGACCCGAUGAGCGCAAGCGUUAUUGGCAUCAAGGGUGCCAGUGUUGUCUUCACGCCGAUCAAUAAACUGGAAGAAGAGGAGACAGACUGGCCCAACCGGCGACCCAAGGCCGCUUACUGGCUGGGCAUGAAGGAGAUUGUCGACAUUCUGGGCGGGCGGCCUAAGUACGAUGUCCCCGAGGCUGACCUGACAGGCUUCAAAGCAAAGGACGUGAAAAGGGGGAUCGCAGCAGCAGCUUGA